CGGACAAGCUAAAUCGGAGUGGUAUGACUGGAAGCUCCAGUGGGUAGGGCAGCUGCACCAGGAAGCUGAACGCGGUUUCAAAGCUCUAGAAUCAGAUGCAAAAGUUCUGGAAGGCGUUACUCGUCAGGCACGGGAAGUGCUACCUCAAUUACGAGAUGAAUAUCAGCAGAUCAUGCGUGAGCUGGAAGAAGAGCAGAAACUCGUGGAGGAGAUUGAGAACAGUGACCAGGACUACUUGAAUGAGCUGAAGGCCACCCUUGCCGAGCAAAGCGCUGAACUAGAAGCAUUCCGUGUAGACGUGGAUGAAAGCAAUGCUAAACUCCAGCGGUUACGAGAAAAAUCCGAUGAGAUUAACUCCCAGAAACAAGAAACCACGUCCGAAAUCGCUAGUCUUCAGCGUUUCAUCCAUGUUCAGAAGAGCAGCACUCGCUUCGAAGUAUACCGGCUCAAAGAUGAACUUGAAGCAAUGCAGGAUUUGCACAAAUGGCGUAUCACCAAGGUCCACUCCGAUUUGUUAGAAGUCAUUUAUACAUCUACCUAUCGCGUCUCGAUACCUUGUGCCAAGCAUCAACCCUUGCUUGAAGCCGUAAAGAUCGAGCCCGUGGAAAGUUCAAUGACUAGUACCAAACAUUCAUUUCCAGCGCUCAAUGCUUUGAUGCUGCGCACAGCCCAACAGUUGGUAUCAACAUUAGGAGAAGGCUGCAAUGUUCGCAAGAUCGUGGAAUUCCUCGGGGACUACUGGUCAUCAUGUUCCCAGCUUCUCUUACAACUAAAGCUUAUGGCUUUGAAAUAUCCUGUCUCCGUUAAGAUAGCUCCUUCUGAACCUAGCAAUUCUGCAGGGUUCACAGCUAUUGCUUCAGUGAUGAUUCCCAAAGUGAAAGCGAAAGCCCUCAUCUCCUUUACUCUGGAUACGAAGACUAUCUCCAGAUGGCCGUUGUCAGUUGGUAGCGUUCAAUGCGACGUCACCGUGGCUUACGGUCCAAUUCAGAGAGAUCCAAUCCUGAAAGCAGUUCUUGAUCGUUUAGGUCAAGCCAAUCCAGGAAACAACCAUGCCUGUUUAUUGGAAGCCUGUACUGAAGCGAUGGAUCAAAUUUCCUGAUCAAAUGGAUGAAAAAGUUCGUACGAAAGACUACUAGGAGGGUAAUUUAAAUGCUUGGAAUUAUUUUUAUUUUGUAUGUAUAUCCUAUUCUGAAUCACCAAGUUACUCUCCUGGAAAAGAGGCCAACACAUCAGACAAAUGACGUAGAUGGUGUACAACAAUUUUUAAUGUCCAAAGUGAUCGUGACAUCACCAAAGCUGUCACAUCUCCAGUAUGCGACGAGUACUUCCAGGAUGAAGAAUGAUAAAUAGCGAUGACUAUGAGUCGUGUUUUUCAAAGCAAGUUGAAAGUUUUGAGGGCUACCAAGGAAAAACAUAAAAUUGUCAACCCAUCGAAGAAAGCAAUGACAAGGGGGUUAAAUCUGAGCCAAGCCGAUAUAUACGCCAGAGCGUGGUGGGUUGGUAUGAACGUUAGGCAUGGAUGGCCGAAUAUUGGGCUGUGAGUCGGAAAUGUUGUUGUAAGUGACUGAGUUGAGUAAAUGAGUGGUGUACGUGUGAGGAUCAUCCGGGUUC